AGCUGUUUUCCCUCCUGAUCCUUCUAGUCAGGAUCCGGAUCCUGCUUUAACUACCCCCAGCAGGCAUCGCCCUUUCACACCUCUCAUUGAGGCACCACACGUGGCAACACGCGGUCCCCAGCCCGGCCGGAACAUGGCCCCUCAGCCCUCAACACCCGGACUUGCCCCUGGUCGCACCAUACCCGAGGCCCAUGCCAUCUCAGGGCCUAUGCUGCUCCCCCCGGGGCCUAGCGAUCUCCUUCGCCAGCCGCGUGGUCCGGGUCCGACUUCCGGUGUCAACGCCAUGUUAGUGACGUCACCGGAAGCGGACAUCGGCACUUCCGGCUUGGCAGAUUCCCGCGCGGUCACAAGGACAUCGGCUCCCGGGGCAACGCCACUUGCAGGUGAGCACCGAGAGCCGUCCUUGGCCGUUGGCGGGUUAUCAGUGGGGGGUCGGAGGGGCAUUAGCAGCGCAAGCAAACUGCGCAAGCGAACGGCACAUUUGAAUGUUAAUCCUCAGGGGCAUCAAAGGGGUCGCUCCAUCAUAAGAGGUAGUACCAGGCAGAUAGCCAGUGAUAGGGGUAGGGGGACACGCAGAGUUAACCCUUCCAGGGCAAUGAGGCCAUUACAGUUUAUACAAAUGGGAGAUAACGCAAAUGCCGUUCAGCAGGCCGCUCCCGAUAUUAUUAACCCACACAGGGCUGAUAGUGGUUUAGUGCAAGCGGCCGCUCAGCCGCAUGAUAUUGUGUCUAAUAAUAGCCUGCAUGUGAAUCAAGGCAAUGUUCAAAGUAUGCAUGUUAAUCAAAACAUUGAGCAUCAUUUACCAUCUCAUCAUUUACCAUCCCCCAUUGGUGUGAAUGCGGCUUUGAAUGGUGUGAACGUACAAGCAGCUCCUCAGGGAUAUAAUACACCCCUGGUUGGCAUACAUAAUGCGAAUGUGCAAUCUUUAAGCCAGCUACAACAUCCCAUUACUUUAGGCAUACAAGGAGUACAACCCCUUGAUCAGGGUAUCCACUCCCCCAUGGCAGCCACGCAGGGCGCUCAUGCACACUCAUUAAACCAUGCACAAUCAAUAAGCCAGGCAUGCCAUAACCCUAUUGUAGACCAGCAGGGUGUGAAUGCUCAGACAUCUGCGAAUGGACAGUCAGUGAGUCAGGGAUUUCAUACACCACUUCAUAUAGCUCAUCCACCCCUUGCUACUGAUAAUCCAGACACAUCCAUUGGGCAAAGUGCUCGCCAAAUUCUUUCUCUUUUGCAGGGGGCAAUUGGAUCACAAAGUGCAGCAAAAACACGGACCAACACUGCCACAGUCAUGAGUGGGGCGGAUGCAGGAGUACCAGGCAGCAUUACAGCAGGAGCAGCAGCCACCACUUCCACUGCACAGCAAGGGUCUUCAGGACUCGCCCUCCAAAACCAGCCAGCAGGCCAGCCCGUUUCCAGCAUGGGUCAGGGACCUCCUGCCAUUAGUCACGGUGAGAAUGCUUUAUUUACACACAAUGACCUUUCUUCCUCUGACUCAUCCUCUUCUGACUCAGGGUCUGAGACUGACUCUUCCUUGGGUUUACAAGGGGCAGGUCAGAAGAAAAUGUUUAGAAUGAUUAAGAAAAUUUUAAAGAGGGGGGUCAAGCCAGAUACUAAGCAGGAUAGCGCCAGUAACCCCGCCCCGCAAAACCCAUCUACAGAGGUGCCAGCUGAACCUCUCCCUACCAGGGCCAUCUCCGAAAGGCGAGCAGCCCUUUACGGGGACGCAAGCCCAGGAAAAAUAUACUCAUUGCAUAGACACCUGCGCAAAAAGGUGGUCAGUAGAAUCCACCGUGGAAAAUAUGUUAAUAUAUUUGACCUUUCGGUGGAGGCGUAUAGGCAGAGAGAGAAGAGCGCUGAGGGAACAGGGCCUAAAAAAUUUAAACGCCCAGACACUUUUGAUGAGUGGCUCCAGUGCUUCAGGGUUUUUUCCUCCUGUUAUAUCGAAAAGUACCCCUCCCAGAGUUUGCCUAUCCUAAAAUACACGGACACUAUUCACUGGAUUCAGCGUAAUCACAGUGAAGGUGUGUGGAGGGAAUAUGAUGCUGAGUUCAGGAGGAAAAUGGCAGGAAAUCCUUCCCUGACAUUUGACUCUACUGAUAACCAGUUGUGGCAGCGAAUGGACCCAAAAGGGGGUGCACCCGCUGCUGCAACUUCAACUCAGCAAUCAGCGCAGCAGUCCUUUCGCAAUACCAGAAGCAGGAAACGGGGGGGAACCUGCUGGCCCUUCCAGGACAAAAAAUGCGACAAGGGUAGCGCAUGCACCUUCAGACAUGUCUGCAGGUACUGCUCGGGUCCACACCCUGGCAGUGACUGCAUCAAGCGAAGGGACCAGGCCAAUAAGCCCCCUUCAGCAAACUUGGGCCAGAAAGGCGGAAACGCCAAUUAAUGUACAUGCCAUGGCACCAUGGUUGUGGGCUUACCCAGACCAGGCGGCGGCACGUAUGUUAUGGGAGGGUUUUUCAUUUGGUUUUCAUAUCCCCACAUUUAGGCAAAUCAAGGGUAAGAGAUUUAAUAGGAACCUUAUUUCAGCAUACCAACACCCCCAAGUAGUGAGGGAUAAAAUUAAUAAAGAAGUGACUUUAGGGCGAAUGGCGGGCCCCUUUGCUGCCCCACCUUUACCUGAUUUGGUCAUUUCCCCGUUGGGGGUGGUUCCCAAGAAAGAGCCAGGGAAGUUUCGCCUCAUUCAGCACCUGUCGUACCCAAAAGGUAGCUCAGUCAAUGAUGCCAUUGACCCCCAACUCAGCUCGGUGCGCUAUCAAUCCUUUGAUAGCGCACUAGACCUGGUCAGGAGGGCGGGUCAUGGUGCUCUAUUGGCGAAACUAGACAUUGAGUCGGCAUUUAGGCUUCUUCCACUCCACCCCUCAGUUUUCCAUCUAAUGGGUUGUAAGUUUGCAGGUGUGUACUACGUGGAUCGCUGCCUGCCCAUGGGCUGCUCUUUGUCAUGCGCCUUGUUUGAAGCGUUCAGUAGUUUCCUUCAUUGGGUCGUAGCUUCAGAAGUGGGCAGCGAUCCCAUAGCACACUACCUGGACGAUUUUCUCAUUGUAGGGAGGGCAGGCUCCGAUGAUUGUUUAUCCACAAUGAACAUCAUGCGCAGCGUCAUGAGACAUUUCGGGGUGCCCCUAGCAGAGGACAAAACGCAAGGCCCCGCGUCCUGUUUAGUCUUCCUGGGAAUCGAAAUCGACACCCAGGCUCGGCUCUGUAGGUUGCCACCUGAUAAAGUUCAGGGCAUGCUUGAGGCGGUCAGAGCGGCAGUCUCUAAUGCAGUUAUUUCCCUGAAACAGUUACAAUCCCUGUUAGGUUUGCUUAAUUUCGCUUGCAGAGUUAUCCCCAUGGGUCGGGUUUUUAACCGUAGACUGGAAAGACAGCUUAGUGGUAGGUCAAACCCGAAAUCAAAGAUAACCCUAGGGAGUGAAUUGCUGGCUGACCUGGUAGUCUGGGAACAGUUUCUCACGCGAUUUAACGGGAUUCGGGUCUGGCGUACCCCUCCCAUGUCUAGCCAGUUACUGCACCUUUUCACUGACGCAGCUGGAUCGCACGGUUACGGGGCCUAUUUCCAGGGAGAGUGGAGCGCGGAGCCCUGGCCGGAGUCCUGGGCCCCGGCGGGCCUUACUCGAAACCUGACUCUCCUGGAGCUAUUCCCCGUGGUCUUGGCGGUCGAGCUGUGGGGUGGGAAGUUGUCGAACGGGACUGUUGUGUUCUGGACAGACAACAUCAGUGUGGUCUUUGCGAUCAAUAACUUGUCAGCCACCUCAGCAAAGGUCAUUACCUUGCUGCGCCACCUGGUGUUGCGCUGUCUGGACCUUAACAUCCAGUUCCAGGCCCGUCAUGUCCCGGGCGUCGACAAUGUUGUAGCUGACGCCCUGUCACGAUUCGAAUGGGCGACAUUUCGCAAGUUAGCCCCCACAGCUGCAGCCGUGGGCUUACGCUGUCCUGAUUUCCUUUGGCAGCUCGUCCUUCCUGGAUAGCCUUACUGCCGUUGGUCCGCUCCUCCUUAGCACCAUCCACUUGGCACGCCUAUGCCCGCAUGUGGUCUGAAUGGGACAAUUUCUGUGCGUCCAGGGGAGCCGACGCUGCUCAGGGGUCUAGGGACAACUUACAUGAUUGGCUGGCACUACCCCCGGGGUGAAGCGAAUCUGGAUUGUGGGCCACUCCUUUGUCCACUGGGCCUCCCUACGCUGUGCGUCCCUCCCAUUUGGCCAAUCCCUAGGUCUCCCUUCCAACAAGGCAUCCGUUAGG